AGGGUGCUGACCGGCGACCGAGGGGCGAUUCCGAGGAGUGGCCACCUCGAGCCACUAAUUUGCUCUGGCCUCGGGUCGUUACAAUCUGUCGGGGCGGCUGCGUCCUCUCCAAGAGAACUCCUAACGACACGGAGGCGAGACGGUGCCAGAAGAAGGGGAAGGUCCAACAGCCGGACGCGUCCACUCCGGGUGGAAAAAAUGAGAACCCAGCUGCCUUUUAUGAGCGCUUGUGUAACACCUGUAAAAGAUACACAGACCUCGACCCAGAGGAUGCUAAUGGAAAGCGAGUGCUCAUUCCCCUCUUCAUUGGGCAGUCCUAUGAGGACAUUAGGAAAAAACUGCAGAAAUUAGAUGGGGCAUCGGGUAAAAACAUAGAGGAGCUCUUAGAGAUUGCGCUAAAAGUUUAUGAUCGCAGAGACGAUGAGGAACGGAAAAAGGGGGCCCGCCUCCUGGCAAUGGCCCUGAAGGGGGAAAGUGGGAAAGCGGGGGACAAAACUAAGGGACGAACAGGACUACAAGGGAAGGGAAAAAGCUCCCGUUUGGGGCGAAAUCAGUGUGCUAUCUGUAAGGAGGAGGGGCACUGGAAGAAUGAAUGCCCCCAGCGACAUAGCAGGAGGGAGGGAAGCAGAAACAGAGGAGGCCGAGGGACCCAGCGGCCCCUCCUGGCGGCACAGCCCGCUGGCCUGGAUCCCACGGUAACAAUUGAGGUAGGGGGCCGCCCAGUUGAAGCCCUUAUUGAUACAGGGGCUACCCUUAGCUUGCUUCCCCUUGCAGAGGCUCCCCGGGGGAGGGCUCAAGGGUAUACUAUAGUCCAAGGGAUAGAAGGACAAAAUAUAAAGUUAGAAAAAUCUCUUCCCCUCCUAGUAAAAGUAGGAGACUGUCAUAUAUCCCACCAAUUCGUUUGUAGCCCCUCCUGUCCCAUUGCGCUGCUAGGACGAGAUCUGCUUACUAAAUUGCAGGCAGAAAUCUCGUUCAAUAAUAAUGGGACUAUGGAAGUUAGGCUUCCCAAACAACAAAUUUCUAACUAUCAAAUGGCCCUUUUGAAUGUUGAAAAUCCUCCCCCGGCACAGCCGGAGAGUGAGAGGAACCAGCUGUCGGGGGUUAACCUUGAGGUCUGGGCUGAGGAGGGAGGUUUUGCUCGGGCUCGAAACGCUUUACCAGUACACAUUUCCCUUAAGGAGGGAAGUCGCUCAGUCCGAAUUCGACAAUACCCCCUUAAGCUAACCACUCGGAUCGGACUGAAACCUCUGAUUCACAAGUUUUUGCAGUGCGUUCAGUACUGUGAUGAUUUACUCUUGAGCACUGAAACAGAGACAGCUUGUAAAGAACAGACAAUAGAACUCCUUAACUUUCUUGGAGCACAGGGGUACAAGGUUUCCAGGGAAAAGGCCCAAUUGGUUAAACAGCAGGUCACUUGUCUCGGAUAUCAUCUUUGUCAGGGACGUCGUAGCUUAGGUAAAGAUAGGAUCCAGGCUAUACUCGAAAGCCCACAACCCCGAAAUCCCAGAGAGCUAAGGGCUUUCUUGGGACUGACCGGUUUUUGCCGGCUUUGGAUCCCUGACUAUGGAGGGAAGGCUAAACCAUUAUACGAGUCUCUUACUAAAGAGGGUCUGCUUAACUGGGUAUGGACCAAGGAAAAAGAAAAAGCAUUUCAAGAGCUUAAAGAAGCCUUGGUUCAGCCUCCCGCUCUGGCUCUCCCGGAUCCCCGGAAGCCAUUCACCCUAUACGUUCAUGAAAGGAGAGAGGUGGCAUCGGGAGUCCUGUGUCAAAGGUCGGGACCAGCCUGGCGACCUGUGGGUUAUUACUCUAAGGUACUGGACCCGGUCGCCAAGGGCUGGCCGGCUUGUUUACGAGCCGUGGCUGCAACCGCUCUCCUUGUACAGGAGGCUGAGAAACUAACCUUGGGUGGGGAUACUGAGGUUGUAGUGCCCCAUGGAAUACCCCAGAUACUGGGAACAGGAGCCGGGGAAAAGCAUUUAAACCCCAGUCGGCAUACUAGAUAUGAGGUGGGACUUUUGUUGGCCCCAAACCUAACUUUUAAGACAUUACAUCGAUACGCAGCACCUUUCCAGACGCUUCCCUUGGAGCAACCUGUGCACUCCUUCCAGAUCGGUGAUCAGAUCCUUGUCAAAAAGUGGAAGCGUGAUCCCCUCACGCCACGGUGGGACGGUCCACAUACUGUAUCGCUCAUCAGCCAGGCCGCCGUUAAGGUCCUUGGGAGCGACAAGUGGACGCACCAUACUCGAGUAAAGCGGUUCCUGCACCCUGACCCAGAGGACAGCCUGACUGAAGAGGACAUCAGCCCUCUGUCCUCUCCGGCUCCGGAAGCCCGGAGAGACACAGGCGAAGAUUCUACUUGGGAGUACCAAGGACUGGAAGGACUAAAAGGACUGUUUAAGAAACAGAAACAAUGA